AUGAGUUUGAGACAUUUAGGUACUACUCAUUGCUUUGGUUUGGUUGACCAGGAGAUUUACAAUGCACUUCACCACCUUCUUUCUCCUCCCCACCCUCACGCCGGCAAUGCCAUCGUCACCAACAACUGCAAUACCCCCAUCUACCUCUGGUCCGUCGGCGGCUCCGUCGACCCCCGCCAGACCAUCCAGCCUGGCGUCAGCUACUCCGAGGCCCUGCACUACGACCCGGCCUCGGGCGGCGUCGCCCUCAAGAUCACCAAAACCCCGAAUGGAUUGUUUGAUGGCAAUCCCCAGCUGGACUUCGCCUACAUCCUUGACGGCAGCAAGACCUGGUACGACCUGUCUCUUGUGUUUGGCGAUGCGUUUUCGGGACAGCGCCUGAAAGUCCAGCCGACGUAUGCCUCCUGUCCGAGUAUUUGUUGGCCAAAUGGCGUGAAUCCGGGGGGGCAUGAGGUUUUGACGGUUUGUGCGCAGGGGUGUUUAGUUUAG